AUGAAAGGAGAUUAUGACAGGUUAAGGUAUGACGCGUUUUUCCGAUAUGUGAGGGUGGCUCAGGCACUAAGUAUCAGUUUGUCCACUAUUACCAGAAUACAGCGCCGUUUAUCAUCUAAUGAUAAUGUCCUAACAUCACCUGGAAAGAAGAGACCCAGAAAAAAGUCUAAGACAACAUAA